CAAAACCAAAAGCCCAUUACACAGUGAGAGAGUUCCCGCCAACCAAUCACAUCGCACUGCCCCAAUCCCGCCGAAGGACAAAUCCGUCAAUUCAUAACUGGCACCACCUCACCGUUUCCGUAUUGACCAGUCUCCCCUUCCCACACCGUAUAAAACCACCGUCUCUUCCAUUUCUCCUCAGAUCUAGCUCCAUGGCUUCCCAGAAUGAAACUUCCAGAUCCGCCACCAGCAACGGAGACCUCUCCUCGUCUCCUGCUCCGCCGGCCUCCCGCAAGAUCGCUCUCAUCACCGGAAUCACCGGCCAAGAUGGUUCUUACCUCACCGAGUUCCUCCUCAACAAAGGGUACGAGGUCCACGGCCUGAUCCGUCGCUCCUCCAACUUCAAUACGCAGCGUAUCAAUCACAUCUACAUCGACCCGCACAACGCUCACAAGGCCCUUAUGAAGCUGCACUAUGCAGAUCUCACCGACGCCUCCUCCCUCCGCCGCUGGGUCGACAUCAUUCACCCCGAUGAGGUCUAUAAUCUCGCCGCGCAGUCGCACGUCGCGGUCUCGUUUGAAAUCCCUGAUUAUACCGCUGAUGUUGUUGCCACUGGGGCACUUCGCCUCUUGGAGGCUGUUAGAUCCCACAUCGCCGCCACUGGUCGAAAUCACAUCCGGUACUACCAAGCUGGAUCCUCCGAAAUGUUCGGAUCCACUCCGCCUCCCCAGUCUGAGAAUUCUCCUUUUCACCCUAGAUCUCCAUAUGCAGCAUCAAAAUGCGCUGCCCAUUGGUACACUGUGAAUUAUAGGGAAGCUUAUGGACUUUUUGCCUGUAAUGGUAUUCUGUUCAAUCACGAAUCGCCGAGGAGAGGCGAGAAUUUCGUGACUAGGAAGAUUACGCGCGCGGUUGGGAGGAUCAAGAUCGGGCUACAGAGCAAGUUGUUUUUGGGGAAUUUGCAGGCGUCUAGGGAUUGGGGAUUUGCAGGGGAUUACGUGGAGGCAAUGUGGUUGAUGUUGCAGCAGGAAAAGCCGGACGAUUAUGUGGUGGCUACAGAGGAGUCGCAUUCGGUGGAGGAAUUCUUAGAGGUGGCAUUUGGGUAUGUUGGGUUGAACUGGAAGGAUCAUGUGCUGAUUGACAAGAGGUACUUCCGGCCUGCAGAGGUGGAUAACUUAAAGGGCGAUGCGAGCAAAGCCAAAAAAGUACUUGGUUGGAAGCCUAAAGUGGGGUUUGAGCAGUUGGUGAAGAUGAUGGUUGAUGAAGACCUUGAAUUGGCUAAGAGGGAGAAGGUGCUGGUUGAUGCUGGUUAUAUGGACGCCCAGCAACAGCCUUGAUCAGUCUCUGCUCUGCAGCAUUCAUCCAAAUCUGUACUUGGAUGAACUGAGUCUAUAUCAUAAUUUAAUUUAAAUUAAACACCUUCAUAAUUUCCCUUUUUGAUGCUUUCCCCGCAGCUAAAUAGUUUCAUUUUCCCAGUUGUAUCCUGUCUAAUUUCUGUAAUCCUCAUUCAUUCGAUUCCACGAAGUUAAUAAUAGAAGCAAAUUUGUCCAAUCUGGGUUUCCCUUCUUUUGAGACUUCAAUUCAGUUUUGGUAUAUCAGAUGCCAAGUUUUGCAAAUAAGCUUUAUGUAUGGAAGCUGGGAUUGUAGGAUCUGAUCACUUCAAAUAUCAAGCCAUGAUUUAUGCAUGAAUCAGGUAACUAAUUUUGUAAUGGUUUCUGUCAGUAGAUUGAGUGAUAUUCAGUGAAUUGGUGUGGUUCUGCUGGUUGUUUAUUAAUUGGAUCAUGUGAUGUGUUGGUGUUUCACAAUAUGUUGUGUUCCACAAUAUAUAUGGCUACAUAUGCUUUCAAAAAUGCAAAAUCUUGUCUGCUAGAUUGCUUUGUUUCUUGUUAUUAGCUUACAUGUUGCUUUCUCUCUCCUGUUUUUUCCAUGGAAGAGAAGUCUGCACUCAGCAUCUUUUGGUGGGACUCCUUCCACUCUGUCAUUUUCAUU